GCAGCAGAAAUACACAAGUCUCUUUUUGCACCUAAACAAACUACAAAAUCAUCAUUACAACAUAUGCACUCUGCUAACUAAUAAAUUGCAUGAACACAGAGCAUACAUGCCUAGAAGCAGCAAACUACAGAAAUGCUCAGAAUUAGCCUACUUCAAGCCAUAUUAUCCACACUUGCUGUUGCUCUCCUCAUCUUCUUCAUAACCUUCAGCAUCCACUACAACUCCCCUUCUUCAACUCCAACCAGCAAAAACAUGCUACUCCAAGAAACAUCCCAUCCACAACCUCACUUGAGCCUCUUGAUCGGCAUCCUCACGCAGCCUGACCGGUACGAUAUCCGCCACUUCCUCCGCCUUGUUUAUGGGACGCAGUCUUCCCCCAUUGCCAGAAUUGAUGUCAAGUUCGUCCUCUGCAAGCUCACCAAACAGGAGCAGAGAGUCCUUGUAGCCCUCGAGAUCAUCCGUUUCAACGACAUAAUCAUCCUCAACUGUUCCGAGAACAUGAACAGCGGGAAAACCUACACCUACUUCUCCAGCCUCCCAAGAAUACUCUCGGCCCCAUACGACUACGUCAUGAAGGCAGACGAUGACGUGUUCUUGAGGCUUAAGCCCUUGGCAUUGUCUCUCCAGAUACUGCCAAGAAAAGACUUGUACUAUGGUUUUGUCAUACCUUGUCCUAGCAUGAACCCCUUUGUCCAUUACAUGUCUGGAAUGGGAUUUGUGCUGUCUUGGGACCUUGUGGAAUGGAUAAGUACGUCACAGAUUCCUGCCAACAGUACAUUCGGACCGGAGGAUAAGCUGGUCGGAGAGUGGCUAAACAGAGGGAACAAAGCCAAGAACCGGAUUUCGGACAAACCAGCAAUGUAUGACUAUCCUGGAACUAAUGGUAGAUGUUCACAUGACCUUAUACCAGACACAGUUGCAGUUCAUCGAGUGAAGAGGUGGGAUCAAUGGCUACGUGUUCUUAGUUUCUUUAAUGUUACCAAAGACAUUAAACCUUCCAAGCUCUACAAUGUAUGACUGCUGAGAUUAUU